AUGCGUCGAGUUGUUUCCCUUGGCAGGAAUCGUGUAUUCAGUCAACUGCAAGCUUCCAGACCGCUUUCUUCUAAUGCAGCACUGCGGGAGGAAGAGCCAGAAGUCGUUCAUCAUCGACCAAGAUUGGAAUCCUUACGCAGGCGACUGAAUCAAGACAAAGAUUCACCAAUUUCAUUGAAACAAAGCACUCCAAGACCGCAGGACACUUCCAGUUCCAGUAUGACAAAUGAAAUGACGGAAGCUGAAGUAAACCAAAGCUUGGAAUCACUCAUGAAGCAGUUAGAAGCCCUUCCAAUGCCCGAGGAACCAUUGACGGACCGGUUUGGGCGACAACAUUCGUAUCUAAGAAUUUCGUUGGCAGAACGGUGCAACUUGAGAUGUCAAUACUGCAUGCCUGAAAAUGGUGUUCCUUUGCAGCCCCAGUCUCACUUGUUGUCCAAUGAUGAAGUUGUGCGCCUCGCUAGUUGGUUUGUUCAGAAUGGUGUCGACAAGAUACGACUGACUGGUGGUGAACCACUGCUGCGGAAGAAUCUGGUAGAUCUGGUUGGCAAUCUAAAUGAGCUGGGACUGGAACAAAUUGGAAUGACAACCAAUGGAGUGACGCUGUCGAGAAAUCUACCAGAUCUAGUGGAAGCUGGCUUGACACACGUCAAUGUCAGUUUGGAUUCCUUGCUCCCAGACAAAUUUGCCAAACUGACACGGCGACCCGAAUCCUAUCACACAAAAGUGAUGAAGGCGAUUGAAGAUUGUGCGACCCUCUUGCCAAAUCGGACCAAAAUCAAUUGUGUCGUUUUGCCGGACAAUGUUGACGAAAUGCAAGAAUUUUGCGAAUUGACGCGUUCCAUGCCGAUUGACGUUAGAUUCAUUGAAUACAUGCCCUUUAAUGAAAAUAACUGGGGAACAGGUGAAUUUGUGAGUUACCAGCAAAUGAGAGAUAGCAUUGAAGGUUUGAGUAGAUUGGAAGAUGGACCCAACGACACGACAAAGUGGUGGACUCUUCCUGGUGAUACUAUGGGACGAAUUGGAUUCAUUACCAGUAUGACCGAGCAUUUCUGUGGGACUUGCAAUCGAUUGAGAAUUACUGCAGAUGGACAAUUAAAGGUGUGCCUGUUUGGAUCCACUGAAGUUAGUUUGCGAGAUUUGAUGCGGCACGAAGAGUCCUCCGACGAAAUGCUACAAAAACUCAUUCACUAUUCUGUACAGAGAAAGCAUUUCAAGCUCGGCGGCCACAAGGAUAUGGAGGACUUGCAAGACCAUUCCAAAGAAAACAGACCCAUGACAUUGAUCGGUGGGUGA